AUGGUAUACUUCUCCUUCUUGUCAGAGUCUUCUCCGGGAUGCGUUGCUUCGUCCGGCUCAUCGUCAUGGUGGUUCGUUCAUGUGGUCUGUAUAUUGCUUGUCGGUGACUCAUCCAACAAUAGGACCCUCACUUCUCCUCCAGAUCUCGUCACCGCAAUCAAGGAAGCGCAUUCUGAGGGUGAAAAUAUACUGAGCGUCUCCGUCGCAAACGAUGGCGAUUGGUUCCUAAGCACCGAUUCAGUGAACAGGAUGAAGCCCGGGAAUGAUCCCAUGACAAGUCGCGUCCUUCGAUUUUGUCACGUCGCCACCAUGAAGACCGGGCGCGAAACAGAUCUUGGAAACAUUGCAUGGAUCACAUUUACUCCCGACGGCCAAGGAUUCAUUGGAGUGGUACGUCACGACGGCGUCGCGCACUGUGUUUUCGAAAAUUUACCAGAAACGCUCGACGACCACCUUAAAACCCAUAAGAAGGAGUUACAAGUGAAGAUGGUCUCUAUUGGCUACGAAAACAGCUGGUCUACCGUGUAUGAGGAUGGGGGCUGGAACGUCAAGGCAGUAUCCACGUCUCUCAUAGAAAAGUUGAAGAAUGUUCGUUCUGUUGGUGUCGAGUCCAUUAUACUAUCACCAUCCACGAUAUCCAAUUUCAUGAUCACCUAUGAGAAUGGAACAUCCGACUAUGAUGUUCCGUACGCACAAUGGAAGUCGGCGAUCGAUAACCAGAUUUCAUUAUGCCAACAAAACUACGCUCUUGAACUCCGACAACUCAAGGACGAGGAGGCCCUCCAACGUCAACAGAUCCGACGGGUAAACGUUGCGAAUAAAGCUAUGAUGAGGUUAACGACGGUCCACAACGGCGGACAAACCUAA